GGGCGAGAUCGAUCUCAAAACACACCCCCUCACCAGGUUCACUACUGAUGAGGACGAGGAGCAUGUUGGCGACGACUACUUUAUCAACUCGUCAGACAAAAUACGUUAUUUUUUUGAGGUGGACGCUUUUGAAAACGGCGAGCUGGUCAAGCCAUUACCAAAGGCUGUCAAUAAGAUAGGACAUGGGUUGCACAUGAAAAACGAAUCUUUCAAGAAGAUCACCAUCACUGAGGAUAUUGCAGCGAUCUGCAGUCAGCUGGGUUUCAAGGAUCCGCGCGCGCUACAAAGCAUGGUGAUCAUCAAGCAGCCAGAAAUUGGUGGGAAGGUGCCUAAUCACCAGGACGGAGAGUUUCUUUACACAGAACCUCAAUCUUGUAUCGGAUUCUGGUUUGCUUUGGAGCCUUGUACUGUGCAAAACGGAUGCCUUAGCUUUUUGCCUGGUUCCCAUAAAACUGCCGAUAUCAAACGUCGUUUUGUGAAGGAUCUGGAAAAUGGUGGCACGAAAUUCGUGGAUCCCAAAACACUCAAGGACACAAAAGCUACAAACGACCCGAAUGACUCAGAUUUUGUUUGUGUGGAGAUUCCAGCAGGCAGCCUCGUGUUGAUCCAUAAUAAAGUCAUCCACAAAUCCGAAAGAAACUUGUCCAAAAUGUCCAGAAAUGCUUACACUUUCCACGUUAUCGAGGGUGAGGCACAAUACGACGAGCUCAAUUGGCUACAGGUCCCUCCCGCUUCUCCUGCAGGUACUUCUCAAUUUUCCAAAAUUUAUGUAAAUUGACUACUGCAAGGAGUAGCAAGAAAUAGCAAGAAAAAGACCCAUGACUCAUCAGGCACGAGUUCCUGGGUGGUGCUAUUUUUUAUUGGCCGAUGCUCAAACAAUGUCGAUUCGGACACUUAACCCCGCUGUAGAAUCGAGGAUUUGGUUAGCAUACGUGCGCUGUUCGGAAUUGGAGACGGACUUGCUUUAUUUAAGUCCGCGAACACUGUUGCGCUCUCGCGACGACAUGUCUACGCAACCCAGCCAACCCGCCUCUUUGUUAGCCAAAGUUCUCUCUUAGAAGAGCACAAAAUCGACCAACUACAGCUUACACGCGAUAUGCGUAAUGC